GGACCGCGCUCCCUUCAUCUUCACGUCAGAGAUGGAGUAUUUCAUCACAGAAGGUGGAAAAAACCCACAGCGUUUUCAAGAGUUUGUGGAGCUUUGUGGUCGAGCUUAUAAUAUAGUCCGGAAACACAGCCAGUUACUCUUGAAACUCCUGGAGAUGAUGCUGCAUGCAGGAUUGCCCGAGCUAAACAGCAUUCAGGAUCUGAAGUAUGUGUAUGAUAACCUCCGUCCUCAGGACUCAGACCUCCAGGCUACAAGCUACUUUACAAGGAAAAUAAAGGAAAGUUUGGAGUGCUUUCCCGUUAAACUCAAUAACUUGAUCCACACGCUUGUACAGAUGACAGCGACAGGCUCUGCAAAGCCUCCAGCUCCAGAGACUGUCCCCCAAGAAUGGAUGAUGCUGGACACACAGAAGUCAAUCGCAAGAGCCACCAUUUUGGGGUUCAACAAAAAGUCUGACUCUCUGUAUCUAGUCCAGGUGGUGCAAACCUGCAACGUGGUCACUUUUGUGGAAAAAUCAUUUGACCAGUUCUCAAAACUUCACAGCCAUCUCCAGAAGCAAUUUCCAUCACAUGCCCUCCCAGAGUUUCCCCACUCAAGGCAUUUACCUUUUACAGAUCUUGAACAUAGAAGGGUGAAGGAUUUGAAUCUUUAUCUGAAACAGCUAUUAAGUGGACCCAGGAAACUGGCUAAUGUGAGCGCUUCCAGUCCUCAGACAACUGAUCAUAAGCCUGGAGUGCAAUUAGUCAUAUCCUAUGAGAGCACCCGUCUGACAAUAAUGUUGAAACACAUGAGGAACAUUCACCUCCCAGAUGGCUCUGUGCCAAGUGCACACGCUGAAUUUUAUCUUCUGCCAGAUCCUUAUGAGGUCAGUCGAAGGAAAACAAGAACAGCUCCAAAAAGCUCUGACCCUACUUACAAUGAAAUUGUUGUGUACGACAAAGUCACAGAGCUCAAAGGCCAUGUACUGAAGCUUGUUGUGAAAAGCAAAGGAACAUUUGUGGGAGCUGUUAACAUUCAACUGAGCAGUGUCCAGUUAAAUGAAGAAAAGUGGUAUCCACUGGGAAACAGUGUAAUUUAA